AAUAAGAGAAGUGGAAUGUAUCCACAGUGUGUGACGUUUACGGAAGUCAACGCAGCGUCAUAUUCCUGUCCUGCAGCUGUCGCACAAGUGAAGGAAGCAAAGAUGAGGGUUUCCAACAGUCAACUACAGAAGCUCACCAUCUUCACCACUGUACUGACCGGGGCUGGUGUUGGCACCAUGUAUUAUCUCAUGCAGAAGAAAUUUGUUGAGUCAGACUACCACAGACUGGCUCUGCAGAAGUUGGAAGCAUGUCCACUUGCAAUGGAAAGACUGGGGGCCCCACCUUUAAAGGUCCACAACAUUCAUCUCACUGACAGAAACAACCGCAUAGAUGAGAGAGUAGCACAGAUAAAGAUCCCUGUGACUGGGUCAGAAACUGGAGGUUAUCUGUAUACGUCUUCAAUUAGAGACCCUGAUACCAACAGGUGGAGUGUAAAGCAGGCAGUUCUGCAGCUCCGGGAAGGACAGAUCAUCGACCUGCUGGAUCCUCCUCCACCAGCUGCACUUCAAACCCAGGAAGGGCUAGAAACCGGGACCUGGCACUGACCAACUCCACGUACUGAUGAGAACAAUGAAAGUGGACAGGGUCCUACUCCAAAGAAGAGUCUGAUUAAGCAAAAUUAAAUGGAAUUUGCCUCACCUCUGGGCUUUUUAAAACUGCUCUGGAUCGUUGUGUUGUCUCUAGGUUUGGUUUUGGUUAUGGUUAGAUAUUGUUCUGUAGGCAUGUUGUGCACUGGCUGUUUUUUCUUUCAGUAAAUUUUCUUUGUUAGUAUGACAUGCCAUGGGUCCAGACCUGCAAGACCAGGUAAAUGAAAAUCAGAUGAGUGUUGACCAUGUACCAAGGAGUAUGUCACCAUCUAAGAUAUUGCCUUCUGAUGUACAAAACUUUUCAGAACAUAAUCAUUUUUGCCAUAUUACCAUGUUAACCCCUAAGUUUUUACUUGAAUAUGCAGUAUACAUAUAAUACAACAAAAUGUGGCCUAAGAGGAUCUUGGUACAUAACAUGUUGGUAUGUGACAUGUUGUUUGUAACCCUUAGUUCAGAUUGUUGGAGUCUGGAAUAUCUACAAGGUUUACAUCUUGCACAGUCCACAUGAAAGGAAAAGUAUUUUUCCGAGUUUUAAUCUUGCGUUCCUGUUUUAAUUGUUCAUUUGUCUCAUGAUAUAUGCCAAAUAUACAUAUUUUUUUUAAA